CAGAGUAUCCAAAUUAUUAACCGCGUGUGAGCAAAAUCUGCCCACAGAAAUAAGGACAUUCUCUUGAAGAUGGACGAUUUACAGUCGAUCUCAACCGCUGAACAAUCGGCUUUCUGCGUGGAAAUGUUGAAGCGCCUCAACAUUCAGCGAAACCUGGAUUAUUUGUGCGACAUUAUUUUGGUUUCGAAAGACAACAGCGAAUUUAAGGCUCACAGAAACGUACUUUCCGCCGUAAGUCCGUUCUUUUGUAAGCUUCUUCAAAGCGACAUGAAAGAGAAUCGAGAAAGGGUUAUUCGAUUUGACGAGAUUUCAGGAUCUGUUAUGGGAGAUGUUCUGGAAUUCAUCUACAGUGGAACUGUGGAAGUAACUCAGGAGAAUGCCAAGGAACUGAUAUCCGCAGGGAAUUAUCUGAUCAUACCGAGCUUGAAAACUGUUUCGGGGCGAUUUCUAGAGGGAGAAAUGUCCAAUUCAAACUGCAUCUCGACCUUUUACCUGGCUGAGAAAUACGACUGCGACGAGCUAAUCUGCAACAGCAGGAAAUUCAUCCACGAAAACUUCGCCUCCGUAGGAGAAAUGGAGGAAUUUCUGAGCUUAGAGGCUAAGGAGGUGGCGCGGUGGAUUUCAAAUGACGAGAUUGCUGUGGAAGCGGAAGCCAGCGUCUUCAAGAUCAUACUUAAAUGGGUUGAACACAAUAAGAGCGAGCGAAAAGCAGCAUUCGAGGAAUUGUUUCCUUAUGUUAGGCUGAGUUUUUUGUCGCGUGACUGUUUGGAGGAUGUCGUGACAAACGAACUGGUGCGUGAGAAUUUGGCUUGUGUGAAGCUGGUCAUGGAUUCUACUACAAAGAUGGCUACUUUUGCAAGUGAAGAUGAUCUCCCGCAGCCACCAAGAAAAGGUCUGGAAACACGUGUUAUCCUAGCAUGUGGCGGCAAGUAUACUUAUUGAUAUCUCCCAGAAAAAAAACAGUGGA